UCAGAGGGACAGCUGAUGAAGGUUGUGUCUUAACUUCUGAAGCAACGCCUUGCCUUUGUCGAAAUCCAUCGGCAGGCCUCUGAAGCCACGCAGGGGAAACACGGCCGUCGUCAAGAAUGGACCUGUGCGGGAAAAAGCGAUGAGAGACAUUGGAAGACGCAAGCCAGAUCUGGCUCAUUUUCACUGACCCAACAACGGUGAAGACACCGCGAGAGCGCGCGUCGUGACAUUCGCCGCACCUAUGGAAUGCAUGGUCAUGUGUGAAUGGAUGGCCGCUUGGUAUCCGUUACCCACCCUCAAGGAAGUCCAUGCCGGUCUGCAGAUCUGCUCGCAUCUGCAUCCAGUCGCUCCAGUCGCGGCUUGAGAGCUCCUCGGCGCGGAACAAAGAGAGAUCUGACGCAGACCUGCAGCAACAAAUGGCGCACAAAGGCAGGAAUGGCGUGUCUCUUCUCCCCAGCUCAGCUCACGUGAGUAGGUCUCUUGCCCUAUCGAAGGUGUUGAGUGUCCUCGCCGCGGCGGUGGCCAGUGCUGUUGGCAACACACAUGCAGUGCCGUCCUUGUGAAUGGUCAACAAGCUUACAUGCGAUCAAAUGCCAUUCGGAAAUGCCUGACGCAUUAGGAAAGGCAACCCAGCUGUCGACAACUUGUGAGUACAGUGUCGCUUGCCCAAGCACCAU